AAUCUGAGCAAAGCUUGGGAAUGGAAUAACACAAUAUGAUCACCAUUCAACAACUUGAUUUACAUUCUAUAUUUCUUUUUAUGUCUUGAAUUGCAAAUUUGAUCAUCAAACACCCACCAAAAGAACUGUUCUUUGCUAUGGAGAGCACAAAAACAAAGGUAGAGUUGAUGAAGCCAGUGAUCCUCAAAGCUGGGAUUCCAAUAGCCAUCUCUGUUGCUGGUUUCAUCUUGGCAAGGAUCAAGUCAAAAAAGAGUUCACUUUUGAGAGCUUCAACUGUUGAAACCACUCAAAACAAUUCUCAUGAAGAGUUCAGAGUUGAUGAGAGCAUUCAUAGCUUUGAUUCAUCAUCAUCUUUACCAUGUAUGGAGGUUGAAAAGCCUGUUGUUAUAAAUACCCAUUACGAGGGUGAUUCACAAAGUCAGGAUAGGCAUGAAGAAGAGUUACUGGGCUUAAGACGUCGAAUUGAAGAAUUUCAAGAGAGAGAAUUGAAGCUAGAGAUGAAGUUUCUUCAGUAUUGUGAUCUGAAAGACCAAGAAUCUGUGCUUAUGGAGCUUGGUUACAUGUUCACGUUGGAGAUAGCUCGCGUUGAGUCCUUUACUAAAGAGAUUUCGUUGAUGGAGGAAGAGAACAGGAGGCUUGAGGAUUUGGCGGGUGAAUAUAUGAAAGUUUUAGAGCAGCUUGAAUUUUCAGGAUGGGAAAAUGGUUUGCUUCAUAGGAAGGUUAAGAAUCUGCUGAGGAAAUUAAAAGAGCGGUCUCGAGCUGUAAGAGAGAAGAAUACGCAAAUUGAAGAAAGAGAAGCACAGAUUUUGGCAAAUCAAAAGGAGUUAGAAAGAAGAGCUAAUCUUAUCAAGGAAUUGGAGGAUGAAAAUAGGGAGCUAAAAUUGAAUUUGGAUCAAUUGCAGCAGGAGAAGAAAGAGCUUGUGGACAGUCUAAAGAUGGCAGAAAAAUCAGCUUCAUCAAAGAUAGAAGCAGAAGGCAUGAUUAUGGAGGAGUACAACCAUAUAGUAAAUGAACUAGAACAAGUCCAGAAGGAUCGAGCAGCUGAAGUUAAAGAGCUGAUUUACUUGCGUUGGUGCAACGCGUGUUUGAGGCACGAGCUGAGGAGGAGGAAUCAAGAGAAUCAGGGACAAGCUGAAGAGAAGAAGCAGUUAGAAGUGGAAGUUGGAGGACGUGGAGAAAUUGGAGACCUCGAAUUAGAGCAUGAAUUGGAUGCUUCCAUGUUGGGGCAAGGUGAGUCACGUAUAGCCAUUGUUGCCGGUAGUCAAUCUCACUCAAAAAGGCGAAAACUAAUUGAAAAACUGAAGAGAUGGGUGGAAGGGAAUGAGAGAAUAAAACAGAAAUCGGAUGAGAAACAUGGAAUCAAGUGCUUCGGAGGGCAUUCUGUUUCAGAUGGGGCAGAGGAAUGGCAUCUUCAUGCAAGGAAGUCAUGAUCAUACAUUGUUAACAGGAGAUGCAUUGGAUUUCAACAUUUACUGCUAUAAUCAGAAAAUAUUAAGAUGUAGUUCCUUAGUGAGGGCAUAUAGAAGAGCAUAAGACUAUAUAAAUGGAAGUAAUUUAAGUAAAACCUUUGCUAUGAUUCAGAUUAUGUGCAGCCCUCAUCAUAAUUGGCACCAAUUGAAUGAUUUAGUAAUAAGUUAGCGCGGUUUAGAUAGUCGUCUUCACCAUAAGCUUAAUCAUUUGCAGAGACAUUUUCACAGCUCAAACAAAGCCUUAAAUGUCAAAUUGUCAAUCCAGGUGAUUCCUUCAGUCAAUUUAUCCAGAGCUGUAUCUUCUUCUGUUACAUGCUAUAACCUAAUAUUUUUCUUGCAUGGUUGAUUAGGAGCAUGGUAAGCCUAUUUGUACUCUGGAUGAUAGAUUAGUUUGGUUCCAGUACUUUCAUAAAAAGUAAAUCCCAAUUGAAAGACAACAUUCUUGUAUGAGUUUCACAUGAAAUAUCAUCUCUAUCAUUUUUUUCGUAA